ACCGCUGGAACAUCACUCUGAAGGUUGACAGCUUUCCCCUUUUGUUUUCCUAUAUUUGUUUUUCAAUUAGUUAAUGAGUCAGAAACCCUAAAACAAAUUUCGGACAAAACCACCGAAGUGUUUUUCACCUGUAGCGUUUGAUUUCACGAUCCAUUCCGCGGCGUAAUUGAUUCACAGAUUUCCGACAAAAAUGGAGUGGCUAUUCGGUAAGAAAAUGUCCGCGGACGAGAUGAUGCGAAAAAACCAGCGAGCACUGAACAAGGCGAUGCGCGAUUUAGAUCGGGAAAAGAUGAAGAUGGAACAGCAGGAGAAGAAAAUCAUCGCCGAUAUCAAAAAGCUAGCCAAAGAGAACCAGAUGGAUGCGGUUAAGAUAAUGGCCAAAGAUCUGGUGCGAACCCGCCGGUACGUGCGUAAAUUUAUGCUCAUGAAGGCCAACAUUCAGGCAGUAUCACUCAAAAUUCAGACACUCAAGUCGCAGAACGCAAUGGGAGAGGCGAUGAAGGGUGUCACGAAGGCAAUGACAAACAUGAACCGACAGUUAAACUUACCGCAGAUUCAGAAAAUUUUGCACGAAUUCGAGAAACAGUCAGAAAUAAUGGACAUGAAGGAGGAAAUGAUAAACGACGCUAUGGAUGAUGCGAUGGAGGACGAAGGCGACGAGGAGGAAACCGAUGCCAUUGUGUCGCAGGUGCUCGAUGAGCUGGGUCUGCAGGUCAACGAUCAGCUGUCCGGAUUACCUCAGGCAUCUGGUUCCCUUUCGGUGGCCGCUGGCGCUAAGGUUCCUCAGGCAGCGGCUGUUGGUGCUGGUGGUGCAGCAGGUGGUUCGGGAGCCGGUUCUCCCGUGUCAGAUGCAGAUGCGGAUUUGCAAGCUAGACUGGACAAUCUUCGAAGAGAAUAGUUAUAUAAACAAGUGAACGUUUCUUACACUCAAUUAUAUACUUUUCGUAUCCCUAAGAACUGGUGUCUACUUUCCUGAAACUCUACGCUAGUACAACACAUAGGACGGUAUUGCAGAAGCAUCGACGAGCAACUCGUCAAGUUUAGUCGAUCCCGCUUUUGUGAAAGAGCCCACAAAAACCGUUUCGCAACCGACUGUGUGAAGUUUUGUUUGCCGACUGCAGAGUUUCGGAAUAUGAAUGUACAGAUUUGAAAAGAGCGUACGAUUCAAUUAAGCGAAAUUGAUUGUGACGGGGUUUGAAAUGGAUUUCUUUAACACUUCUAUUACUUUCUUAAAGUUUUUAAUUAGCUCUUAAGAAAUCCUAAAUAAUACCUAAAUUAUAUUUUCGGGAGUAAAAGGAUAAAUUUUCUUUGAAGAAACUUGAAGUUAUAAGACGCAUUAAAGAAGCUUCGACGAGUAACUCGUCUCUUUUGAUCUGAAAGGUUCAGUAGAAUUAAAAAAAAAGUCCUUUGACAGUGCACAACAAACUGAUAAAUAAUUUAAAAUUUUCUUUAUAACCGAAAAAAAAUGCGGGCAAAAAUAAUUUCUCAUAUUUUCUCACAAAUCGGCAAUUUAAAGCUUAGUAGGAUAUAAGAUGUUUAUUCGUAAAAUCGUAAAUUCCAGCCGCCAUCCAUUUGCUGUUUUUCGUUCUUCUUUUCUCAGAACUAAAGCCUUCAAACAUAAUCUAGCGCAAAAAAUAUAUACGUAUAUAUAAAUAA